AUAACCAAGAUAAAUAAACAAACAACUAAAUCAUUUAUCCUCUCUAUUCUCUCCAACUCUCAUUGUUCUUCAUUUUUCUUCCCUUUUCAACCCAUAAUUUCAUACUUUUAAUCCUUUUUUUGUAAAUUUUUUUACUUUCAAACAAUUAUUGGUAAAAAAAAUGGCUGCAACUAUAGAUUAUUACACUAAUCCUACCGAUAAUCCUGUUAGUGAAGACUUAAUCAGAGCACUUGAACCUUGUAUAAACACUCUAACACCCACAAAUUUAUCUAUGUUUUACCCUUCAUAUCCUUCAAUUAACAAUCAUUUCAUGUUAAAUCAAAGUUUUAAUCAAAUGGGUAUUGCUCAAUAUCCUUCAUUAGGGUUUCCACCUUCAUCAAUGGAAGUAUCACCUACAAAUUCACAUAAAAACCUAAACUUUCUUGCUCCAAAGCCUAAUCUAAUGAAACAGAACAAACCCACAAAAUUAUACAGAGGAGUAAGACAAAGACAUUGGGGAAAAUGGGUUGCUGAGAUUAGAUUGCCUAAAAAUCGAACUCGACUUUGGCUCGGAACCUUUGAAACUGCUCAAGAAGCUGCCUUAGCUUAUGAUAAUGCAGCUUUUAAGCUUCGAGGCGAGUUUGCUCAUCUAAAUUUUCCUCAUCUUAAGCAUAAUGGAGCUCAUGUAGCCACCCAAUUUGGGUAUUAUAAGCCUCUUCAUUCUUCUGUUAAUGCUAAACUUGAAGCAAUAUGUCAAAAUUUAGAGAUUUCUCAAAAACAGGGGAAAACAGAGGAGACACAGAAACCCUGUUUUUCUUCAUCAAAUCAAAUUUCUAUGGAGAAAAUUUCAUCGAUUGAAUUAAAUUACGAGUUUUUGAUUCCUAAACCAGAGGUUUUAUCGGUUUCAGAUGAAUCAUUAGCUGCUGAUUCUUCACCUGAAUCUGGUGUUACAUACUUGGAUUUCACUGAAUCAUCUUCUUGGGAUGAACAUGAGAUUGAUAAUUUGAACUUGGAUAAGUUUCCUUCUCUUGAAAUUGAUUGGGCUUCUCUUUGAGUCUUUCCUUUUUUUUGUAAUCCUUUGGUUUUUCUUGUAUUUGGGAGGCCUUGGCUUGCAAAUUGGUGUUUUUGACAUUUGCAAGAGAAGGGUUUUUACCAAUAAUAUUUUAAGAUUUUAUUAGGAUCUCGCCCACAAUUGGUUUGGUGGUAAUUAUUUUUUUCUGCCUACCAAUAAUGUUUUAGGAUUUUAUGUUUUAAAGUUUAGUUCAAUGUAGUUUAGAUAAUAUGGACAUUUUGUAAAUUGUAAGUGGUCUUUGUCUUGUUUCCAAUUAAUCUUGUGAAUGACCUUAUGUCCUAUGAAAAUUCCUUGUAAAUUGUAAUUGGUGGAAAAAGGACCAAAGUAGUAUUGUAUGAAUAGUACUCUUAAAAGAGAGUACUGAGUCAUAACUAAAAAAAAUGAGAUAAAUUUAAUAGGAUAAACUAAAAAGAAAAACGAAACAAAUUUUGUAGUAGAGAGCAUAUUAAUGUAUAAGAGAUGUUCAUACUCAAUUCUAUAUUUGUGUUGAACAUUCUCCAUCACAAUCUUUAAUUGUUUAAUGUUAUUCGGUUCAACAUUAAUAGAGUUUUUAAUCAAAUGAUUCAGGUUAUAGCUUAGAAAAGUUUAGGUUUUAGAUUCUCCAUGACUCGAUGUUCUAAUGUUCUAUUAAUUAUCGGUAUCUCUAAU